CCUCGCUCACUCACAGCUGGUGCGGGCAUAUACUCCCGCCGCCUCCACCCUCGCCGUAAGGUCAUCAGGCACGGCAGUGAGAGCAAAAGUUGGCCCCGACGUCAGUCAGUCGUCGGCGCCGAGCUCAGCUGAGCGAUGGCAAUGAGCACUGCAACGCCCACACCACCACCACGACAAUGACCGACAUCGCAAUGGACGGUGAUGACCUCUUCGACGGCGCGAUCAACCUCGAGUCGGGGUUCUACGAGACGGGCUACGCCGAGGGCCACGCCCACGGCCAGCUGCACGGCCUGUUCGAGGGGAGGCAGCUGGGACAGGAGAAGGCGUGGGAGCUGUGGGAGGAGGUGGGGUUCUACGAGGGGUUUGCGGGGGUGUGGUGCGCGAAGCUCGCGUCGUCGUCGUCGCGCAAGGAGGCGAAGUCGCUCGCCCACGCGCAGACGCUCCUCGGCCUGAUCACCGCGUUCCCAGCGACAAACCCCACGCCGGUCCCCGAUGCCCCGUUGGAUAACGACACGCCCGAGCUCGCCGCGGCGCGCGAGGCGGCGGCGGCGGCAGCGCCAGACCUGCCAGCCAUGCUGAGUGCCAUCCGCGCGCGAUACCGCCUCCUCUGCACCUCGCUCGGCACGCGGCCCCGCCUCGUCACGGCGGCCAAGGACGGCACGGACGGCGCGGGGGAGGGGGCGGGCGUGGUCGAGGGGAUCGAGGGGCCGAUGAAGGGUGUUGAUACGCGCCAGUUGCGGUUCUAA